AUGAAGCUCAAUAACCUUGCCUCGAGUCUCCUGAGCCUGGUGGCGGUUGCCGAUGCCGCCUCCCUGACCCAGGUCACCAACUUCGGCUCCAACCCGUCGGGGGCCCGCAUGUACAUCUACGUCCCUGACAGGCUCCAGACAAACCCGCCCAUCCUGACUGCCAUCCACUACUGCACCGGCACCGCCAACGCCUUCUAUACCGGCACCCCCUAUGCCCGUCUCGCCGAUCAGUACGGCUUCAUCGUCAUCUAUCCCGAGUCUCCCUACAGCGGUAGCUGCUGGGAUGUGUCGUCCCGGGCGACCCUCACCCGCGAUGGCGGCGGCAGCAGCACCAGUAUUGCCCAGAUGGUCAGGUGGGCCAUUGAACGAUACAAUGCCGACCGUAACCGCAUCUUCGUUGCCGGCACGAGCUCCGGCGCCAUGAUGACCAACGUCCUUGCCGCCACCUAUCCCGAUCUCUUCAAGGCCGCUGCUGCCUAUGCCGGUGUGCCCGCUGGCUGCUUCUACACGGGUACCGUUGCCGGAUGGAACAGCACCUGCGCCAACGGCCAGUCCAUCGCCUCUCAACAGGUUUGGGCCCAGACGGCUCUCGACAUGUACCCCGGCUACACCGGGCCUCGUCCCAAGAUGAUGAUCUACCAUGGGUCUGCCGAUACCACCAUCUAUCCUCAGAAUUUCAACGAGACCAUGAAGCAGUGGUGUGGUGUCUUCGGCUACACCUACGGCUCUCCGCAGCAGACCCUUGCCAACACUCCUUCGGCCGGCUACACCAAGUACGUCUACGGCGAGAACCUGGUGGGCAUCUACGGCUCCGGCGUCACCCACAAUAUCCCCGUCAACGGCGAGAACGACCUGAACUGGUUUGACGGCAUCAAGGGCGGCUCCAGCACCCCGACCACCACCGCCGUCACCAGCAGCGUGCCGAGCACCACGCUCUCUACUUCGACUCGAACUACCACCACCUCCUCGACUUCUGCUCCUACCCCGACCGGCUGCACUUCCCAGCGCUGGGGCCAGUGCGGCGGUAUUGGCUGGACUGGCUGCACUACUUGCGCCAGCCCGUGGACCUGCACCAAGCUCAAUGACUGGUACUACCAGUGCCUGUAA